CUUGAUUUUAUUUACAUCCACACAACAUUAAAUGAUAAUUUGUGCAUAAAUGCAUUAAUAUUAUGACGAAUAAUUAACAUUGAAUAAGUUUAUACUUUUAAUAUGCAUAAACUUUAAAUACAUCAAGGAAAUAAAAUAUAGAUUGACAAAUAUACGUGUCAUUAAAAACGCCUUAUUGUUUGUGUACUGACAUCUGAUUGAUCUAAGUAAUAUUAACAAAUGAAUAAAAUCAAAACAAAAAGCAAGAAACAUGAAAAAACUAAGGGUAAACGGAAAAGAAAAGCAGACACAUCUGAUAGCGAAGAAGAACAGUUGGAAAACAAAAGGAAAAAGCGGCAUAAAGAAGAAUCAACUUCUAGUUCUUCGCCAUCUUCCUCAUGUUCCAGCAGUUCUAGUAGCAGCUCCACUACGGACACCAGUUGCUCUGAUGAAGAGGCUUCACAAAAGAAAAUCAAAACGAAAGUGAGGAAAAAGAGGAAAUCGUCACCAUCUACAUCGUCAACCUCAAGUUCAAGUGAAUUAUCUGAGGAGGAGCUAAACAGUAAAAAGAAAAAGAAGGUCCUUACCAAAAAACGCCCUAGAAGGCAAUCAUCUAGUUCGUCUACUUCAUCUAGUACUAGUGACAGUAGCUUAUCAAGUGACGACAAAUCAAAAAAACCUUCCAAAACCUCGUCCAAAAAGAAAAAGCCCAAACAGGAGGAUGAAUCUAUGGAUAUACCAAUAAGUUUGAUGGAGAAAAGUAAGGCGAUGGCGCCGAUGACGAAAGAAGAGUGGGACAAAAAUCAGUCUACCGUUAAAAGAGUCUUUGAUGAGUCUACAGGACGUCAUAGUACCCUGUCGGAUUAUCAUAAAUUGGCGAUCAUAUUGGCAACACUAGCUGUGGUUAUUAUAGCUCAAAACAGGUAGCAGUGGUCUAUUGAUACCACUCUCGGAGAUUUCAGAGCCAGGAUGUUCAUCUUCGGCCUGAGCCUCUUCUUCCUACUGGGUACUUAUUUGAACAGUUUAAAUAAUUUCACAAUUCUUUUCGUAAUUAUAUUUUACUACCGAAGACAAACACCUGUUAACUCACUAUGCAAAAACAAACGUCAACAAUCUGUCAAAUUCAAACCGUAAAUGAAUGUCUAGCUGUUCCAUCUACCGCAGGGCAUAUGAAGGUUAUAAAUAGCCAGUAUUCAAUAGGUGGAAGCCGUUUUGCAAAAGUUGAAUUUAGCAAAAUAAGCAUGGUUUUACAU